AUGCGAUACUCGUCCGUGGAUCUAGAAGCAGCCUCCCUACCUAUGUGUAGGGGUAAGGGUGAAAGAUGUACAAGUUCUGUUGAUCAUCUUAUAAAGCUCUUAAUGACAGAGGUAUUAUCAUUUACAAAGAUGAUAAACGUGCAAGGGGAAGAGAUCAAUGACCAGCUCAUCGCAGCUAUUAAAAGUUCAGAAUUUUACAUUAUAAGUUUCUCCAAGAACUAUGCAAAUUCUGCUCGGUGCUUAGAAGAGCUUGCACAAAUCAUGGAGUGCCAGGAGACGGGGGAGCAGACUGCUCAUCCCAUCUUUUAUGAUGUGCAGCCCACUCAAGUCCGCAACCAGAAUGGGCCAGUUGGAGCAGCAUUUCAAAAACGUGUAAACAAAGAUUAA